UUUCUUCUUCUCUUUGAAUAUUCUAUUUCUUCAUAUUUGCCAAAACCACACCUUUUUCCUCUCUCAGUCUCUUUGUUUGAAACAACAGCUUCAUAUUUUUAAAUCAACAUGAGACGAAACUGCAACUUGGAACUUCUCCUUCUUCCUUCUACUUGUCCCGGCGACAGCCAACUCAUGAUGAAUUUUUUUCCUGAUCAAAGGGUGGAAGAAAGCAACCAAAGCGCGGGAAACCAGCAGCAACAGCUAACAAUUUUUUACAAUGGAAGAGUUUGCGUUUGUGAUGUUACAGAGCUUCAGGCAAGAGCCAUUCUAAUGCUUGCAAUCCGGGAAAGGGAUGAAACAAUAAAAACUACGACCGGAUUGGAACCGGCGACGCCGACUUUAAAAUCUCCGGUAAAUAGCCCGAGCACGGCGCUUUCCAUGAAGAGAUCGCUGCAACGGUUCCUCCAAAAGCGACAGACGCGAAUCCAAGCUGCCUCUCCUUAUCAUUAUCAUAAAUAGAUCAUCAUCAAUGCUUGAAAUUUAGUGGAAUCUAAAGAGCUAAUCUAUCUUUCUGUUUAGCAAUUAAUGCCCAUUUUUUUGUUUUUUUUUUAUAAAUUUAUGUAUGAAUUAUGCGACUAGUACGUAGUAGCUUGAAGCCAAUAUUUUGUUACACU